UUGAGGUGAAAACGUCAAUUGAAUUUUGAAACUGUACUUGAUAACUUACUGACUACACAAUCUGACUCCAAGAGGAAGAAAAUAAAUGUAUAUUAGCACGGCUGUAGCAGAGAGUGAAAAAGCAUGAUGGAACUGAAGAGGCGAUUUUCUAGGGUUUUUACGGGUUCUAGGGAGUUUUUCUCUAGUUUUCUCAUUCAUCUUUUACCACUCUUCUUUAUCGAUAAGGAUAAGAUUAUACUUUGACUUCACUCUUUAACCAUCCAUAAAAAAAAAAGGAAAUGGGAGAUACAGUAAAAUCACCGGUGAUAGGAAUCGAUCUCGGGACAACAUAUUCAUGUGUAGCAACUUGGCAAAGUGGCCGAGUUGAAGUCAUCCCCAACGACCAAGGUAACCGUACGACGCCGUCUUGCGUCGCUUUCAAUGAAACUCAGCGUUUCAUUGGUGAUGCUGCCAAGAACCAGGCCUCCAUUAAUCCUACCAACACUGUCUUUGAUGCAAAGAGACUCAUUGGUAGGAAAUUCAACGAUGAAGCUCUACAGAAUGACAUAAAACUUUGGCCUUUUAAGGUUGUUGCUAGUGCUGAAAACGAUAAGAAACCUAUGAUUGUGGUCACCUACAAGAAUGAAGAGAAACAAUUCACAGCUGAGGAGAUAUCUUCCAUGGUCCUCGUGAAACUGAAAGAGGUUGCGGAGGCUUAUCUUGGCACAACUGUGAAAGAUGCUGUUAUUACUGUCCCAGCCUACUUCAACAAUUUGCAGCGACAAGCAACUAAAGAUGCUGGAUCCAUUGCAGGGCUUAAUGUCAUGCGCAUUAUCAACGAGCCAACAGCUGCUGCCAUUGCGUAUGGCCUUGACAAAAAGGCUGCUGGAAGCAAUAAUGGCGUCAAAGAGAAUGUACUGGUGUUUGAUCUUGGAGGUGGUACUUUUGAUGCCUCUUUGGUUACUAUUGAGAAAGAUGUAUUUGAGGUCAAAUCAGUAGGUGGAGAUACUCACCUCGGGGGUGAAGAUUUUGAUAACAGAGUGGUUCAACACUUUGUAGCUGAGUUUCAGAGGAAGCACGGAAAAGACAUAAGUGAAAAUCCUAGAGCUAUUGGGAGGUUGAGAGCUGCUUGUGAAAGGGCAAAGAGGACGCUUUCUUCUACAACUGCAACUUCUAUUGAGAUCGAUUGCCUUUCUGAAGGCAUUGAUUUUUCUUCGACAAUUACUCGUGCUCGAUUUGAGAAGAUGAAUUUAGAUCUGUUCCAAGACUGUGUAAUCUUCAUUGAGAAAUGUUUGAAAGAUGCCAACAUGGAAAAGAAUGACGUUCAUGAUGUUGUACUUGUUGGUGGGUCUACCAGAAUCCCGAAAGUUCAGCAAUUGUUGCAAGAUCUAUUUGUUGGGAAGGAGCUUUGCAGAAACAUAAACCCUGACGAGGCAGUUGCUUGUGGUGCUGCAGCCUAUGCUGCAAUCUUGACAGGUGUAGACUACAAGGAUUUUCUACUUGUUGAUGUAACUCCUCUAUCACUUGGCGUCGAGGUCUACUCUGGAGACAUGGAUGUCCUAAUACCCAGAAAUACUCCAGUUCCAACUAGGGUAGAGAAGAUGUUUACUACUCCUCUGGAUUUCAUGACUGAAGUGAGUAUCCAUGUGUAUGAAGGUGAGAGACCUAGAGCCAGCGAUAAUAACUUAUUAGGUCGUUUUAAGCUUUCAGGAAUUCCUUCUCUGCCAAAAGGUGUUCUUCAGAUCAAGGUCUACUUCGAGAUUGAUGCUGAUGGAAUCUUGAAAUGUUCUGCCGAGGAGUUAAGUACUGGUAAUAAGAACGGAAUAACAAUUACAGAACAUAGUGGGAAACUGUCAAAGGAAGAGGUGAAGAAGAUGAUGAAGGAUGCCGAGAAAUACAAGGAUGAGGAUGAAAAGUACAGACAGAAGAUGAAAGCUAUGAAUUCAUUGGAGACCUAUGCCAAAUGCAUGAAGAAUACGCUCAGAUGUUAUGGUAAAAACAUUCGACUUAAGGACAAGCGGAAGAUGGGGGAUGCUAUCGAGCAGACAAUUAGGUGGUUAGACUGGAAUUUUCUUCUUUCUAAUGUUGAGAAGAUUGAAGAUAAGAUGAAAGAACUUGAGAGCAUUUGUGAGCCUAUUGUAGCAAAUAUGUCACAGUCACAGCAUGAAGUUGCUGCCACUCAAGCAAGCAGAACUGCCCCCAAGAUUGAGAUCAUUGACAUUGAUUAAGAUUUGGUCUAGUUAGGAGCUAUAAGCACUUAAACAGUGCUGUUUUGUGGGAACUCUACAACAUUUUGUAGGAUCUAAAUCAUUCAUCACGUGUUUUGAAAUAUUAUUUCUGAUGAUAAGUUGCAGUUCUCCGAUAAUUAUUUUUUGGAGGUGAUUAUCUGAUUAAUCAAUUACUCCAAUGUUCAUCACUUUACUUCCAUGGUCUUUUUUGUUUAGUUUUGAUUCUUUUA